AUGAAUGAAAUUGAAAUUGCUGCUAUAUUACAUGUACAAUACCGGGGACUGCAGUCUUACAUUGUAUCAUUCUAUAUCAAAAUGGCCACAGUGGUCCAAAAUCCUCUGAAAUCGCAAUCAAGUGGAACCGUCAUAAAGAACAGCCUUGGUGAGGAGUUUUAUCGCGAGGCCAUUGAGCACUGCCGCAGUUAUAAUGCUCGACUUUGUGCAGAGCGCUCCAUGCGCCUGCCAUUCCUCGACUCCCAGACAGGCGUAGCACAGAGUAACUGCUACAUAUGGAUGGAGAAGACCCAUCGUGGGCCAGGUGUGGCUCCAGGGCAGCUCUAUACCUAUCCAGCACGUUGCUGGAGAAAGAAGAGACGGUUAAACAUCUUAGAGGAUCCACGUCUUGGACCCAUCGAGUUUAAAAUCGACUAUGAAGCAGCAUUAAAGAAGGAAGGGGGUGUUCCUGAGGGUCCCGUGCUGGAAUCACUCCUCAGUGGAGAACUGCUGGAUAAGAAAGUUGAAACAAAGGAGGAGGAGCCAAUGAGUGAAUGCCAGAAGCUGCUGGUGGGAGAUUUUCCUCACGAGCUAGACAUGGAAGAGAUGGAGGAGGAUGUUCCCAAACGCAAGAAUCGCACCAAAGGACGGGCAUGUGGUGUUGGGGGGAUGAGAAAGAGACAGGAACCAGCAUCCCUAGAGGAUCGAGACAAGCCAUAUGUGUGUGACAUUUGUGGGAAGCGCUAUAAGAAUCGUCCAGGUUUGAGUUACCAUUAUACUCACACACACCUGGCAGACGAGGAGGGUGAGGAAGACUCCGAGCGGCACACACUGCCCUUUCAGCGCAAGAACAACCACAAACCCAAAAAAGCAGCUGAUGGUUCUGUCAUCCCGAACGGCUACUGUGACUUCUGUCUAGGAGGCUCUAAGAAAACAGGCUGUCCUGAAGAUCUAAUUUCCUGUGCGGACUGCGGCCGAUCAGGUCAUCCGUCGUGCCUGCAGUUCACCGUCAACAUGACGGCGGCAGUGAGGACCUACCGCUGGCAGUGCAUCGAGUGCAAAUCAUGCAGCCUGUGUGGUACAUCGGAGAACGAUGAUCAGCUUUUAUUCUGUGAUGAUUGUGACAGAGGGUAUCAUAUGUAUUGUCUAAGCCCCCCUAUGUCGGAGCCUCCGGAGGGGAGCUGGAGUUGCCAUCUGUGUCUGCGCCAGCUAAAGGAAAAAGCGUCCGCCUACAUCACACUAACCUAAUCUCCGUGCCCUACUUCACCCUAGCAGUCUCAUCCUACUCUAUCCCAUCAUCACAGAUCCAAAGAGACUCCCCCAACAUCCACCAGAAGAGAACAUGUUUCAUCUGCCCAUUGCCUGUGUGGUGACUGCAAGGAAAACGUAGGGUGCGACUAACAUUUUUGUAAGUCAGUUGGGACUCAAGCAGACCUUUCCUCGUCAGUCCCUCCAAAGAGUUCUUUCCUUCAAUGAUCAGAGAGGUCUUCUUCUUGUCUGACUCCAUCUUACGGUGGCUAGACAAGUAGUGCCAAACGGUUUGUCGCUGAGGAGACAUUUUGCACGAAUCUGAGGGGGGCGUUUCAGUGGGAGGAGUCUCUGUGACAUCAUUAGAAGACGCACCAACUGCAGAUGAGACGAGUGCCACUUGAUCUCACAGCAGCUUUUGGUUUGUUUAGCUCUGGUGAGAGAUGGUAUCAACGUGCCAUUGAUUUUUUUCGCGGUAUAUUCUUCAGGAGCAGACACCAGCACGUAAUGAGAUCAUGUUUAGUCAUUAAAUUUGGCCUUAUUCUAGCUGUAAUUAGACUUCUGUUGUAGAGAUGAAUGAAUUCUUCAAUAAUUAAUAUCCCUUGAGGAUACAACUUUUGGUUCUUGCAACACAUUACACUCGAUUUUUAAAAAAAAAAAAAAGUGAUAUAUCAUGAACAUAGUCUGUGUUAAAAGGAAUAUUCCAGGUUCAAUGUGAGCACUUGUAGAAUAAUGUUGAUAACCACACUUUUCCUUAAAGAAAAAAAAAAAAAAUGCCCAAAAAUCUGGGUUACAGUGAGGUAGAGGUCAAUCCACGGGACCCAACGCAAAGAUACUACCGCAAAAUGUAGUAUCUAAAAGUAAUAGUUACUCACAUGUAUUUGAUAUUUUAUUGUGAAAUAAACAAUUUACAGAUGCAGAGUUGGAUAUUCUUAGUGUUUUUCGAUUUGUAUGCGACAACGUACAGCAAAUUCCUUUUUGCCUGCUGUGACAUAUGCCAACAUAACACUUGCACAUGAGAUCUGAAGCAGAGAAUUGGUGGGAAUUGGAAAAAUUGCCUAUGACACCAGACUGAGACUGAAAAAUCUGUCUGGACCUCCUCCUGUGGGCUAUUGCGACGGGAGCAGGACAAAACUUGAAAGUUGCUGCCGUGAGAAGGACAAAAUAACUAACUUUUUUAACUUCUAAAUUAACUUUUUUUUUUUUCGCAGGAGCUGGAUUGAAAAAUCCAUCCCCAAAAACCUCUACAGUGAGGCACAUACAAUGGAAAUGAAUGGUGCCAAUCCGCAAAAACACAAAAAUACUCAUUAUUUCAAAAGUAUAUAAAACAGUAUGAGUGUUAAAGGGAUAGUUCACCCAAAAUUAAAAUUCUGUCAUCACUUUGAUGCUUCAAAAAGUUCAUAAAGAGAUUGUAAAACUAAUCCAUAGGGGCUUUCUCACCAGAGGAACCUUUCAUAGUUCCUAGAACAAUUGGCUAAAGUACCCGGAUUUUGCCGUGUUCGCACCACAGGAACUAGGAACGAUUUUAGUUCUAGGAACUCCUUUUAGUGGAACGAAAUUAGCUCCUACUUCAGAGUAGUGUCUAAACCAGCUCUAUAGGAACUGUCAGUGACGUGAGUGUACAUUGAUUGGUCAAACACCAGCACCCGCCAUUUUUUUAAAAAUUUUGUCUCCUAGCCCCACUUUUUGCUCUUUCAGUCGCGUAAAUUAUGCGUUUACAUUCCAUUUCCGUUAUCACGAAACCCACGACACACAACAAACACAGCUCCAAUCACGGCAUCCUCCAUCCACCGGUUUUUAGCGUUCGUAAAUGUUGCCCUUAAAGACGCCACUGUCGGCCGCUUCAGAGUUCCUAUUCCCGGUGCGAAUGCAGCCAGGAAAAUGACCCGGGGGAGAAAUUAGUUCUCGGGGAACUAUCCUAGUGGUUAGUUCCUAUAACUAGAACUAUUCGGUGCGAAAGCCCUUCAUGUUAAUUGAGAGGUUUAGUCCAAAUUUUCUAAAGAGACUCAAUCUCUUUUUAUGAUGAACAGAUUGAUUUAGGCUUUUAUUCACAUAUAAACACUCAUCAACUCAGACAUCAGUUGUGGUAAACAGAAGCUCAAACAUGCUUGCUUGACAUGUGAGAACCAAUGUGGUUCAUUUUCGUGUUUCGCAGCACGUUUGAGCUUCCGCAAGAGGUUUGUUCAAGCAGGUUCAGCUGAGCUUCUGUUUAUGUUUGCUGAUUAUAUGUGAAUAAAAUCCUAAAUUCAAUCUGUUCAUCAUACAAAGCGAUUGUGUCUCUUCAGAAAAUUUGGACUAAACUGCUCAAUUCAUAUGGAUUAGUUUUACGAUCUCUUCAUGAACUUUUUGAAGUGUCAUAGUUGCAUGGAUUGUCUAUAGAGGAACAGAAAUCUCUCAGAUUUCAUCAAAAAGAUCUUCAUCUCUGUUCUGAAAAUGAAUGAAAGUCUUACGGGUUUGAAACAACAUGAGGGUGAGUAAUUAACAAAAUUUUCUUUUUUUUUUGGCGAACUAUCCCUUUAACAUGAUUUUAGUGUGAAAAAAAAAAUCACUUACUGACCUUUUCUGUGUAAAGUUGUCCAAUUUAGUAACUUUGUUGCCCUGACAAUGUUAUGCAUAAAACCAUAAAACAACCAUAAAAGCUUUUACAGAAAGUUAAAGUAAGUGCUUUUAUAAAAUUAUAAAAUUCGCAUUUUAAAUCCUCCAAAAAUUGUCUCAAUUCACUUCCAUUCUAUGUGCCGCACCAUUACCGCAAUUUUUGUUUUUCAAGUGUCAAAUAGAUUUUUUUUUUUUUUUGGUAAUCAACAUGAUACCACAAAUGCUGCUGAUUUAGCUCAACUUGUAUUGAAUCUGGAAAAUUCUGGAAUAUCAAGUCAGAUACUUUUUGCCCAAUAGGAAAGUCGUAAUGCUGCAAACAAUUUUCAUGCAUAGAUAGAUCCCUUUAUUAAGAAGGUCCGAGGUGCAUGUCUAUCAGCCAGAGUCAAACUUACUCUGUGUGAAAAAAAAGAAAAGAAAGAAACGUAGAUUUCAAAAAUCAGCUGAUUAAUUACCGUACUUCCAACACGAUCCCCACCUCCUCUUCCUGUUCUGAACAAGCCAACAUAAAAUUCCCUCUCAGCCAGGGUGCGUUUAUAAGAGUGUAUAUUUAUCGGGCAACGUCUGUCCUUGUUUUAAAAACAGGGCGUUAAACGUUCGAUUGUUCUCUUUUUUUAACGAUGACUUGCUUGCAUGUUGUAAUAGUAUCGUUUUUAAAUAAUUUAAGGACAAAAAACGAAGAAAGCACACUUAUUCUGCAAUAAUGUUUUUGUGUUUGUGACCCUCUCUGGGGAAGUUGCGUCGGUAUGUAUGUGCGCUUUAAAACUCUUGUGGAACUUUUAAAACUGUAAACGACAGAAUGCUACAGUGGGCGGGGUGUUUUAAAAAAGGGGAGGAGUUUGUGAAAUUCUGACGUUUUCAGGUGCCACCGCAAAUUCUCCAUUUUGAUUUCCUGGACAAACUGAAGACCAGCUUUGGAGACUUCUUCCCCCCCCCCCCCAGUCUCUUUGGAGGGGCAUUUUUCCUUUUUUGUGACAAGAAAAUUGUGCGCCUCUUUUGUAGAAUGAGCUCUUUACUAUCUGUAAGUCUGCUUUGUGUUCUGAGACUUGCUACUGCAGCCUGCUUAAAAGAAGAAAAAAUGUCAAGCUAAAUCCAGAGGAGUGUUAUGGGGACGGCAGCAUGUGUGCGUGUGUGCGAUUGUGCUGAGGUGACUGUUUUAAACCCAAAGUCCCCUCUUAUCCGUGGCCUAACUGAAAAGACUGCCUGCCAUUUUCUCUACACCGAGUCCUUGAGCUUUAAGUUGCGAGACGUUUGCUGUAAAUAGAUAAGUGCUCUGUCUUUCCAGAAUCGGUCCAUGUUAUAGACUCAAGUGAAAUGUUUUAUGUGCUGUAAUUCAUCAAAAUGUGAAAACAGCCUUUUCUACGCUGUCAGUGAAAUAUUAAUCCAUGUUAUUGGGUUAUUUCUAUUUUUGUAUAAUUUUCCAAUUUAUGGUUUUAAUGAGCACUACACCACUGGUAACUCUGACGCCAUAUAUGUAAAUCUUUUCAAUUCUUUUUAAAAGAGCUGUAGAAAUGUUUAGUCUUCAGUAGAAAUAGUAUUGAUUUCACAUUUUGAUAUAUCAACUUCUCUGUUCAGCCAACCCCCUUGUUGUUCUUUUUUAUGACUAUUUUGCACAGUCUGUGUGAUUUUUUGGAUGAGGGCACUAUUAGAACGUUUUAAUUGAAGCAAUUACACACCAGAGACAAAAUUAUAGACACAUUUUGCAUGUUCUGAUAUCGAUAACACACAAUAAUUACACAUAAAAUGUGUUGAUUCUUCCCUCUCAGUUCCUGAAGCCAAAACACUGUGGCUUUGUGGUGUUUUCAAAACAUUAUUUGUUUGAGCGGCCCGGCAUAGCAACACUGGCUCAGCCAAUAGCACGAGUUUGGAGGCGGAGCUGUCUGUUUGUGUGACCAAUGGCAGAUUGAAGGGCUGCUAGGAGUGUUUUGAAAACCUUUUUAUAAUGUUUGCAGACUCAAUUCACAUUUUAAACAGUAUUAAGAGGGAAAAAUAUAUAUUGAUUUGUCUGCCUUGGUGAGAUUUUUGGUUAGAAACUAACCUUCAUGUGCUGUAGUGUUUUCUAGAACUACAAACGAUUGUUUCUCAUGCCCCCCAAAGUUUAAAAAGAGGGGCUGUGGUUGGUUUGUAUGAAGAUAUUUUGUUAGUUCACAGGCCUUUAUUGACGAGGGGCGGAAUGGUCAUAAUGAUGUGCUUGUAUUCUUAGUAAUGAGUGGCAUUAUGUGGAGGGUUAAUGGGUUCACAAGGCUUAGCCAGAUUGUUAAAAUGGUGAGCAACUACAUUUCAGCGCGGACCACUGUGUCCUCAGUCCUGCUUCGGUUGAGAUCUGUGCUCUAUUUGUCUUUAAUCUGUCUCGCUGAUUUCACAGGGUCUUCUCUACCUGUAUAUUGUCGUGCUGUGAUUUUCGCUUGCAGUUUUUUUUUAAUUCCCCCACAAACACACAGUUAAAAAAAUAGUCUUGUGCGAGAGGAUGAUGCGUGAGUGUUUUCCUUUCUUGUAACUGUCCAUAGAAAAAUAAAACAGACAUAUGGAGAAAAGAAGCGUGUUCUGACUCAGGACUGAGUUGUACAUUUGUUUUCAUUGAACUUGAAAUGGGUGCUCCUCAUGGAACUGAGCAUCUCUGAUGACUGCUGCUCAGUGAUCCAUUUUAAAGAAUGUCCUUUCUUUUAUUUCUGUCCAUUUUGACAAGCAGGAAAUAAAAAAAAAAAUUGUACCAUUA